GCAGGCACGGCCCUGCCCCGCGUUGCCAGGCGCCCGUUGCCAUGGCGCCGGUCGCCAAAGUGGAACCCGUGGACCCCCAGCACCAACAGCACGCCCUCUGUGCGCUCACGGCCCAGCUGGGCGCUCCCCCAACUGAGGGCACAGAGCCGCGGGCACGCGGGACGGUCAGAGCGGAGCAAUGGGGGCAUCGAAGACCGUAACACGGACGUGGCCGAGGCCGCAGCCCGAGGCCGCGGCACGGCCAGGGCGCGUCUUCCACAGCACGCUGCUCUUCUACUGGAGGAGGCUGGAGCGCAGACACGGACGACGCAGGUCGGGCACAGGCCGUGGAACGAGGCCCAGGGGCGCGGCCAGGACUCGGGCCUCCGGUUCCGCGCACACCCCGACCCGGGUCUCCGACGCGUCCUUAGUCCGGACCCCUGUCUCUGCCGCUUCCCGGGCGCAGACCAAUGCCCCCAGCCCCGCCUCCAUGCCGGAUACCGCCCCGGGCCCCGCCCCCACCCCCGGCCCCGGCUCCUGUGGCCGCGCCCUGGCGGCGGCGCGCGCGCUGGCCUGGAGGCCGACUUGGAAGCCCAUCUGGAGGCCGACCUGGCCCGGCAGGCAUUGCGCGGGCAACAUGGCGGCGCCCGGCGAGCGGGGGAGUUUCGGCGGUGGGAACCUAUUCUCCUUCCUACCCGGCGGCGCGCGCUCCGAGGUGAUGGACGACCUGGUGACGGACGCGCGCGGCCGGGGCGCGGGGCGGAGAGAUUCCGCCUCUUCGGCCCGGACGCCAUCCCAGGCGCCGGCCUCCGAUUCUCAGGUCGCCGAGGACGCCUCCCGGAGGCUGCCCUGCCGGGCCUGCGUGGACUUCAAGUCGUGGAUGCGGACACAGCAGAAGCGGGACAGCAAGUUUAGGGAAGAUUGUCCUCCGGAUCGCGAGGAACUGGGCCGCCACAGCUGGUCUGUCCUCCAUACCCUGGCGGCCUACUAUCCCGACCUGCCCACCCCAGAACAGCAGCAAGAUAUGGCUCAGUUCAUACAUUUAUUUUCCAAGUUUUACCCGUGUGAGGAGUGUGCUGAAGACAUAAGGAAAAGGAUAUGCAGGAACCAGCCAGACACUCGCACUCGGGCCUGCUUCACCCAGUGGCUAUGCCGCCUGCACAACGAGGUGAACCGCAAGCUAGGCAAGCCGGACUUCAACUGCUCGCUGGUGGACGAGCGUUGGCGCGACGGCUGGAAGGACGGCUCCUGUGACUAGAGGGCAGCCAGAGCCUGUAGGCGGCCUGGCCAGAGAGGGUGGGGCUUAUUAAAGUGCGUGUCAGAGCCAAAGCCUGCCUUGUCUCAGUUGGGUGGUCCCCAGACGCUACCCGUGGAGCCCUUUCCCUCUCAGGUUCUGAGUGUAAGUGGGGGUACCCGUUGCAGGCACCCCGAUGGCCUCCUCCUCAACCCGCGCCCCGUGGUGCUGCAGGUGAAGGAGGCAGGAGCAGCCUAGGCUGUCCCUUCCCUAGGAUUUGGCCUCCCGCCCACUUGACACCCUGCUGCCUACUUCCCCGCACAGGAAGGUGACAGGCCUGGCUGGGCUCCCCUGUCUCGCCCCUCCGGACCAGGCAACUGUCUCCCCAUCUUGUAGCUAGGGACAGCUAGGGGUACAACAGGGACGGUAGCUGCAGAGGCUGUGUGCCAUUUGCACUUCAGGAAAGAGGCCUGGGGGCUGAGCUCUGCUGUGCGCCUUCUGUCUGGCUCAUGGUCUCACAGAGCCGUCCCAGGCCUGUCAGAGGAGGCUCCGUGGAGCUUGAGACCAAAAAUAAAAUGCUGGAGAAGUGACUGAAGACCUGGCCUCAGUGUGUUUUGUGCUGGGAUUUGCAACGAUGGACAGGGCCUGCCCUCGUCCCUCUGUGGUCUCCUGCUUCCUCCUAUCUGGGUUCUGGCUCCUUAGGAAGAGGGAGCAGUUCCAAGGCAAGGGUGGGCCAGGAUGUUCCAGGAACACCAAGGAGGCUGAGUUGCUGGAGCCAAGGGAGGAUCAGAGAGGUGAGGGGAGGUCACAUGGCAGGAGGUCCUCAAGGCCCCAGCAAGGAUGUGGUUUUAACACCCAGCUCCCAUGGAACAUAGUGGAGGAUUUGAAGCAGAGGAACGGCAAAAUGUGACUUUUGAAAGGUCCCUCUGGCUGUUGAGCUGGAAUGAGGCAGGUGUGGGCGAGAGGAGGGGAGGCAGAUAACCCUGUGGCAGCCGAGAGGGAAGCUCGCCCCAGGAUGAGUGGGAGGCCUCACUGGCUACACUCUGAAGGUGGAGCCCAAGGUGGCUGUGGGGUUCUGGCCGCUGGAAGGAGGGAGUUGCCCAGUGUAUCAGUGAGAUGCAGAAGGCUGUGAGUGGAGCAGGUUUGGGGGUGACCUGGACCCAGGUUUUGGGCCUUCACACACCCUCUCAGCCACACCUGCUCCCAGGCACUGGCUCCCAGCUGGAAUGGCCCAGCAACAGUGCGCCGUACCCCUGUGGUUGUACAGCUCUCACCUCUCCCCAUAGUGUCUCAGCUCCUCCCUGGGCAGGGGCCAACCUUUGGCACAGCCUCCUUGGCAUCUUUACCCCACUGGCCCCACGGGGGUGCUGGCUUCCUCAGGGGCUGCCCAAGGGGCCAGGUUACAUAAAGAAAUAGGAGGCAGGG